AUGAAGUCUUUGAUUUUUAUCUCUGUCUCUCUUCUGAUUUCAGGUUAUCACUACAACGACCUUGUAUCCCCACAGUACUUGAAUCUGAUAGCUAAUCUCUCAGGCUGUACAGCCCAUCGACGAGUGAACAACUGCUCAGAUAUGUGCUUCCACCAGAAGUACAGGACACAUGAUGGAACAUGCAACAACCUUCAGCACCCUAUGUGGGGUGCUUCUCUGACAGCAUUUGAGCGUCUCUUAAAGUCAGUCUAUGAAAAUGGGUUUAAUUUGCCUCGGGGAAUUGAACCCAAGAGACUCUCUAAUGGCUACGCACUCCCAAUGCCUCGCUUGGUUUCAACUACUCUGAUCGGAACGGAAACAAUAACUCCUGAUGACCAGUACACUCACAUGCUCAUGCAGUGGGGUCAGUUUCUCGACCAUGACCUUGACCUCACUGUGGCUGCCCUAAGUGAAGCCAGGUUUUCGGAUGGUCAGCAUUGCAGUUCAGUUUGUACAAAUGAUCCUCCAUGCUUUUCGAUCAUGAUACCACCAAAUGAUCCCAGAGUUCGAAAUGGUGCACGCUGCAUGUUUUUUGUACGCUCCAGUCCAGUUUGUGGAAGCGGCAUGACAUCUCUUCUGAUGAAUUCUGUGUACCCACGAGAACAGAUCAACCAGCUGACUUCAUACAUUGAUGCGUCCAAUGUAUAUGGCAGUUCGGACCGUGAAGCACUAGAAAUCAGAGACUUGGCGAGUCAAAGGGGUCUUCUGAGACAAGGCAUUGUACAGAGAUCUGGCAAGCCUCUUCUUCCAUUUGCUACUGGCCCACCUACAGAAUGUAUGAGAGAUGAAAAUGAGAGCCCGAUUCCCUGCUUUUUAGCUGGUGAUCAGCGUUCUAAUGAACAGCUGGGUCUUACCAGCAUCCACACAUUGUGGUUUAGAGAACACAACAGAAUUGCCACAGAGCUACUGAAACUCAAUCCACACUGGGAUGGUGACACGAUAUAUCACGAAACACGCAAAAUUGUUGGUGCAGAAAUGCAACACAUAACAUUUAGCCACUGGCUACCUAAGAUCUUUGGAGAGGUAGGCAUGAAGAUGCUUGGCGAGUAUAAGGGUUAUGAUCCCAGUGUUAAUUCUGGCAUAACUAAUGAGUUUGCAACUGCCGCUUUUAGGUUUGGUCACACACUCAUUAAUCCUUUUCUGUAUCGACUGGAUGAAAACUUUGAACCUAUUCCACAAGGCCAUCUACCUCUUCAUAAGGCAUUCUUCUCUCCAUUUCGGAUUGUAAAUGAAGGAGGCAUUGAUCCACUUCUAAGGGGAUUGUUUGGUGUUGCUGGUAAGAUGCGUGUCCCAUCACAAUUACUCAAUACAGAAUUAACAGAAAGACUCUUCUCCAUGGCACGUACUGUGGCUUUAGAUCUGGCAGCUAUGAAUAUUCAGAGAGGCAGAGAUCAUGGAAUUCCUCCCUACCAUGAUUUUAGAGUUUACUGUAAUCUUUCUUCAGCUCAGACUUUUGAAGAUCUGAAAAAUGAAAUUAAGAAUCCUGAAAUCAGGGAGAAACUCAGAAGGUUGUAUGGUUCCCCACUGAACAUAGACCUAUUUCCUGCUCUAAUGGUGGAAGACUUAAUUCCAGGGAGCCGACUGGGGCCAACUUUGAUGUGUCUGUUAAGCACACAAUUUAGGCGUAUCCGGGAUGGGGACAGGUUAUGGUAUGAGAAUCCGGGUGUAUUCACACCUGCUCAACUCACUCAGAUCAAGCAGACAUCUCUUGCCAGAGUUUUGUGUGACAAUGGUGACAACAUAACCAGGGUACAACAUGAUGUCUUUAAGGUGGCUGAAUUCCCACAUGGAUAUAGUAACUGUGAAGAUAUUCCUAAACUGGACCUCAGGAUGUGGCAAGAUUGCUGUGAAGACUGUAGAACUAGAGGGCAGUUUAAUGCGUUUUCAUAUCAUUUUCGGGGAAGACGUUCUCUUGACUACAGCUUUCAGGAGGACAAGCCCUUGAAGAAAAUGAAAAUAUCCAAAACAGUAAGUUUUGCGAAACAGAGUAAAUAUUUUCGUAAUGCCACAUCAGCAUCUAAUGAAAAUACAAACAUGCCUGCAGUGAAUGACUUCAAAGAAUUUGUUUUGGAAAUGCAAAGAACUAUUUCAAGCCUCAGAAACCAG